GGCACGUCGCGAGCGCAAAGUUGACGAGCACCGCGACGAUGGGAUCAGAGAAGAACUCGGCUAACGGUCGAUUCCGAAAAUCAUGGGAAAAAGCCGUCGUAACGCCUGCGAAAUCGCUUCCCUCGUCCAGUUUUUAGUUUUUAAGUUAGAAUUUCCCACCAUCGCUUGGAACCCGGCACGCUGGUUCUCUUGAAAUCGCAACAGACGAACCGAAAACAAACCUCACCGGCAACGAGUAUUUGGCGGGAGAAUGAAUCAGACGACGGGGAGUAAAGUUGGCUUGAAAUUCUGUGCCGGGAAAUUGAAAGAAGGAGGACUGAGAUCGAAGUGAAUGACGAAGGGGCCGGGGAGAAGAAAACGUAAACAAACAAACGAGCAGGAUAAACAGCGUUUGAUCGACGCGUACGAUGUCCGUGGGAGCUUUCGCUGAGCGUUCGAAAACUUUGACAAGUUAAUCACUGACUGAUAAAUAAAUCGAUCGAUUGAUCCGAGUGAGAAUUGUAGAAUAAAAUGAGCCCGGAGAACUACAGCGACUAACGAUGCUCAGUCCAAAGAUGCAACGGACCGUGAGGGUGAACGAUGCCCAACUGGUGAUGUUGUCGGAGAGGGCACAUUUCGACCACUCGCUUGCCGGACACCUUCACAAGCGCACCGCCGAUUCCGCCAAAUGGCAGCUGCGAUGGUUCGUCCUUUAUCAGAAUCUCCUCUUCUACUACGAGAGCGAAAGCUGCUCACGACCCAGCGGCGUCGUUCUCCUCGAAGGAUGUUACUGCGAACGUCUUAUCACAGCCAAAGGAAAGGAACCGGAUAAACAGCACUGUUUCGCCAUCUCGUAUCGUCGAGAAAAUCAGCGUCAAUACGAGCUUCGGGCAGCCACGGAAACGGAUUGCCGUUUGUGGAUAGACGCCAUCCGUGAAGCAAGCUUCAACAAGCUGCUUUUGCAAAAGGAGGAACUCGAACAGAAGCAUCUCCAUCUGCUGCAGAUCGUAGAGAGCGAGAAAACUGCAAAGUGGCAAUACACUCAACAGUGCGAAGAGCUCGCUUCAGAGAUCAAGAAACUGAGGGCUGAGCUAUGCGCUCUGAAGAGGGAGUUGCGUCCGGCGACAGUCGCAGCUCCGACUUAUGUCGGGUCCAGCGAAAUUGCCGCGGGACUUCGAGCACUCGCAGGAUGCGGAAGUGGCGUCGGAGGGUCAGGGCCGGCUGCAUCCGGGGCCGCAUUGGGGUCCGGGGGUGAUUCGAGGGGCGGCGAAGCUUCGGAGGAAUCUGUUGAAGUACGGAAGAUCCUGAAGGUUCAGAGCUUCUUCAGGGGUUGGCUUUGCCGCAGGAGGUGGAAGCAGAUCGUCGAACAGUAUAUAAAGAGUCCCCACGCAGAGAGCAUGCGGAAGAGAAACAGCCUGGUAUUCCAAAUGGUCGAGGCUGAGGAAGAAUACAUGGAACAAAUGGAGGCAUUAGUCAGCUGCUUUUUGCGCCCCUUCAAAAUGGCCGCAAGCUCCAAGAAGCCACCGUGCAGUCACGAAGACGUCAAUAGCAUCUUCCUGAACAGCGAGACAGUCCUUUUCCUCCAUCAGAUAUUCCUCAAGGGUCUCACCUCUCGAAUGGAGAGUUGGCCCACCCUCGUCUUAGGGGAUUUGUUCAACAUGCUGCUACCCAUGCUGUCCAUCUAUCAAGAGUACGUUCGCAACCAUCACUACAGUCUGCAGGUUCUCACCGAAUGCAAACAGUCGUCGCCCUCCUUUGCAGCUCUCCUUGCGAGAUUGGAGAACAAACCGUCCUGCCACGGUCGAUCUCUUGAAACUUUUCUCACCUACCCGAUGCAUCAGAUUCCGAGGUAUAUCAUCACGCUGCACGAGUUACUGGCUCACACGCCCCACGAUCACGUGGAGCGAAAGAGUUUGCAGAAUGCUAGACAACAGCUGGAGGAUUUAUCGCGACAGAUGCAUGACGAGGUGAGCGAGACCGAGAAUCUGCGCAAGAACUUGGCAGUGGAAAGAAUGAUCGUCGAAGGUUGCGACAUUCUACUGGACGUCAAUCAAGUUUUCGUUAGACAGGGCUCCCUAGUCCAGAUACUGGGCGAGAAGCCACGUGGGGCACGGAGUAGGCUGAGCACGACCUUCGGAGGGAAUUGGGGUGGCGGCGACAAGGAGGCUCUCAGACAGUGUUUCCUGUUCUCGAAUCACCUGAUCCUCACCACGCGCCAGUCCAGCGGCGGACGUCUUCAUCUCGUACCUGAAGUCGGCAAGAUUCCACUUGCCGAUGCUCUUCUAAUAGAGGACCCGAGCGACCAGGGUGUCGUCGACGAUGACGAGUCGUCGGUGUGUUCGAUCUCGAGCCUGUCCAGUGGCAUCAGUGAGAGUAGCUGCAGUGGCAGCGGAAGCGGUAGCUCACAGCUCCAAACUCGAGACUUCAAGAUCAUUCUGGACGUAAAAUCCGGUGGACCGGAGGUUUCGGUUCACUUGAUAGCGCCUACUAUGCAGGAAAAGGCCGCCUGGAUAACGGACAUCAGCCAAUGCAUGGAUAACGUCCAUUUCAAUGACCUGCUCCACGGUUCGUUGUCGGACACAAGUUCCGUCACGAUGCCGCAGUCGAUACGGAACGACCCGAAGCUCUUCAAGGACGACGUUGACAUCCGGUUCAGCCGGACCCUCAACUCCUGCAAGGUUCCUCAGAUACGUUACGCCACUCCGGAACGUCUUCUGCAACGACUAACCGACCUCAGAUUCCUCAGCAUUGAUUUCCUCAACACCUUCCUCCUCACCUAUCGCGUCUUCACCGACGGCGUCACUGUUCUCGAGGCCCUGAAGAAGGUCUUCUACAACAGCGAGCCGCCCGAAUGUCAGAUUGGAACCGGAUCCGUCAUGUCUCUGGAUGUCCUGGGCAGCACUUCGGGAGAUUCGCCUCUUCAGCCUCUCGACGAACGUCGACGAAACAGCGUCAGUCCAAGACGCACAAGCGGUGCAAGCUCAGUAUCCGGGUACGGGUCUGAGGUGAGUGAUAGCCAAGGGGCGCGGGGCCACAUCCUCCACGAUUCCAACCUAGGAGGCCUUAAUUCCAACACAAAGGCCUACUGGCGGUCUGGCUACCGAAAGCUCGAAGACGACCAACACCUGGGACUCAUCUCGGAAGCUCCACCGAUAAUCAGACGCAGUCCCACCCUGCAAUCCCCCGGACCUUCGUCUGGCAGGCAAUCCCCGGCAACCCCACGCAGGGUCAGCGUACGCGUGGAUACCAAUCCCGAAGACGACAGGAGUCACCUAACGAUUCCGAAAGUCAUCGCCGUCUCGUCUAGCGCAGAGACCCUGACAGACAUCACGGUGAUCAGCGCACCGUCCUCCCCGAGCAACCUUAGUUCCGUUACUCUUGUGGGAUCAACGGGGUCAGGAUCUGGUUCAGGUUCGGACCCAAGUUCCCACGAGGGUGGAAUGUACUCUCGGGGAGUGUCAGAGGAGACGGACACUCCGGUGGCAUCGGAGUCAUGCUCAAAAAAUGAGGUACAAUUCACCUACGACGAUCCUCCGCCACCGUCGCCGAAAUCAUCAAUGCGGUCCGAGUGUCCCUCAAAAUCCCCAAAGUCUCCGAGAGGCAGACGGUUCUGCUUGGAAAAAGACGACUCAAACUGGACUGACGAAGAGUCGACCCCUCCGGCUGAUCUUUAUCAACACCACUGUCAGCAUAACAAUCAUCACAAUCAUCACAGUCAUCACUACUCGGAACACCGGGCGUCGAUCGCCUCCGCACCUCCGGCUUCGAUGCGGAGUGGAUCUAUUUCGACGAUUACAGGGAAUUAUCUCAUGGGGAGGCGAUCGAUACAGGAUAACGAAAUGGGUUCGGGAUCCCAGAGGCCGAGUUUCCAGCACGACAGUCAGCAGAUUUCGAGCAAGGCGGGAGUUGUGAUUACUAGUUUUCGGAAGAGCCAACGAAGCAUUGGACACGAACCUUUGUGGAGCAGCACUUCAACGGCGGCCGCGGCUUUCGCGAUCGCUACUUCAGCAUCAAGCAACCCACCUGAUAAGGCGCCGGGACGCUGUAGCGUCGGUGACGUAAGCGUCAGAAGCGGGUCUUGCCGUGAGACGAAUAGACGCAAGGAGUCCGUCAUGUCGACGGCGGCGACGAUGCGCGUCCUCAACGUCCUCAGGCACUGGGUCUCCAAGCACGCCCAGGACUUCGAGCUCGACCAGCGACUGAAGGACCUGACCAUCGAGUUCCUCGACGACAUUACUUACAGCCCAAACCUUCUGCCCGCCGAGCACAAGGCUGCCAGUCAACUACUCAGGCUCAUCACCAAGGAGGAACCCGAGAGCAGCAAAGUCAAUUUGGAGAAGCUGCUCGCACCACCGAAGAGACCAAGUGAAGAGAGUAUCGAGACCCUGUCGGCGCUGGAAAUAGCCGAACAGAUGACGUACCUGGACCAUCAGAUCUUUGUCGCGAUUGCAAGCGAGGAAUUCUUGGGCCAGGCUUGGAUGAAGACUGACAAAGCGACGCGGGCACCGCACAUCAUCCUGAUGACCAGACGGUUCAACAAAUUUUCCCAGCUCGUCGUGUCCGAGAUCAUUCGGCGGUCCAGCAUGGCCUCCAGGGUUGCGGCCAUCGAGAAAUGGGCCGCUGUUGCCGACAUUAGCAGGGUCCUUCACAAUUACAAUGGAGUCCUUCAGAUAUGCGCAGCGUUCACCAACAGCAGUGUUUAUAGGCUCAAAAAGACCUGGGAGAAGGUCUCAAAGACGACGAAGCAAACCAUCGAGCGACUUCAGGCCAUCGUCUCUUCGGAUGGCCGGUUCAGAAACCUCCGAGACGCCUUGCAUCGUUGCGAUCCACCCUGCAUCCCUUACUUGGGCCUUUACUUGACAGAUCUGUCCUUCAUCGAGGAGGGAACGCCGAACUUCACCGAAGACGGUCUUCUGAAUUUCUCGAAGAUGCGAAUGAUCGCUCACGUUAUCCGCGAGAUACGACACUUCCAGCAGACGCCGUACAAGAUCGAGGUGAUCACGAAGGUGACCAACUACCUGUUAGACCCAUCUCUGCUCCUCGAAGAGGAGGACAUGUAUCGAAUGUCCCUUGAGAUCGAGCCCCGCACCUCGAGGCUCAGCAGCUCCACUUUCGUCGGGCUCCCAUCGUCUCUAAGCCAGACCCCGCCAAAGAAUUAAUUCGGCUUCAACCAGCCCUCGGCAUUCCAUUUUCUACUUACCUCUCGUUAUCACUAUUAUCUGCUAAUUCGUCCUGCACUUUUAUCCUAGAUUCAACGUGUCGACGGUUCUCGAAGUGGGAGAAUCAGGAGCCACGAUAGAAACAAGAUAUAUUACAAUGUAAAAUGUAUUUUCUCAGGGCGUGAUCGGUCGAUGAUCGGAUCUGUUUUUUUUUUAUUUUUUCUUUUUGUUUUUAUUUUAUCCAUUGCUGCAGGUUACUCUUCAGUAAUUUUUUUUUUUCAGCAGCUGAGAGUAUCCUGAUGAAAAUUAGUUCAGUCAAAUUCUCCGCAGGAUAUCUCGCAAAAGAUUUAUGAAUUUCUCAACGGUAUUAUUAAUCGAGUUAUUCAGACAAGUAUUUUCGCCUCUUCUGCCAAUAUUUGUGAUAAAAAUCUAUAGUUUUUAAUGUAUUUUUUUUCCUGAAUUCGUAACGAACGAUUUGAGUGAUUCAGAAAUCUUGUGCGAGUUUCUCGUCGAAGCGUAAUUUGGUCAUAAAAUUCUGAAAGUUUCCACCGUGAUAAAUAAAUUGAAUUUCUUCCGAGAAAUAACCGAGUUCAGAAUUUUUUUUAAGAGAUGAUCAAAUGACGGGCAGUUCCACUUCGAGUGAGCGUACGACAAUCAUAUACUAGAUGUACAUACAUAGGUAAAGUAGGUACAGUUUCUCGAGCAUGAUUUUAUAACCAGCUUGAUCAGCCGUAAAAUUAAACUUGGUUAAAACUGAUCGGGAGAUUCCCGCGAGACGUAUUCUAACGCAUUAAAAUCAGGGCGUUGUUUUUCGUACAAAAUAAUUAUUUUCCAUAAUUAAUCGAUUAAUUGAUUGUCUGUGAUUUUCAAUAUACCUGUACUUACAUGCGUAUAACUUUUACUCGCUAUACAUUAUAAUAUAAGAUACAAAUAAUAAACAAUAAAAAUUUGCCGCGAUCACUCGCGGUGGGAUCAAAGAUUUGAGAAGAGUUAUUACGGAGCAAAAGCAAAGGGAGCUACAGAAGACGCGGUUAGAAUUCGUAUUUUCAAUUAUGGUUAAAAUUUAUCGACGUGGGUAUUCGCAGUAAAUAUGCCCGGUUUGUUCCAAGUAAACUUAAGUAUAAAUUCAAGGUAAUCGUGUUAAGGGGAUAUCCAAAAAUGCCUGAUUAUUAUGUGGGGCACGUAAGAUAAUUCAAACGUUGAAUUCGUAGCCAUUAAUUCAGGGGUAGAAUUAUAGAGACAUUCUGCAAGGCGGAGAAAUUUCACACUUUUUCCAUCUAUCAUAGAUAUAGGGAUUUUAAUGUGAAAAAACAAAAACGUUACAUGUAAAGACGACUUUAAUUCUUAGUGUGAGUGUUGUUUAAACACUAUUCCUAACAAUUCGUAUAAUAUCGGAUUGAAGAAUACUACAAAGCGUAAAUAUUUUCAUCGCUUAUCACUCAAACUUUGUUUAACUUGUUCGAAAUUCAAGAUUACUCCGACAUUUGACCGUAUUUCCCAUCAUUUUUAGUCAGAACGAAUGCUGGAUUGAAAAAAACAAAACCAAAAAAAAAAAAAAAAAAGAAAAA